GUCAGCUGGGCCCGGGGCGACAGACUUUAGGGUCGGUUGGUCGUCGCUGCUGCAGGUGUGCCCUGGGUUUGCCUCUCUGGUCGCUGCCGUCCGGUCCCUGCAGCCGCGCCCCAGCCUUGGCUCCGGCCCAGCUGCUCUCCCUGCCCUCCUUCCUUUAACCACCCCCCGAUUUCUGCCGUCGGGGCCCCGGGGCCGGCUUAAUGAUGCCGUCGGAGAGCAAAGCUGAGAGCCCGGACCGGACGGCUACGCAGGUGGGGACGGCUGCGGCCUCGGCGGUGACCACGGCCGCCCAGGCAGGCGGCGGCCCCGACCCGAAGGCCUCAUCGGCCUCUCUCGGACGGCACCUGAGUGGGCUGGGCUGGCCACAGGUGAAGCGGCUGGAUGCGCUCCUGAGCGAGCCGAUUCCCAUUCACGGGCGCGGCAAUUUCCCUACGCUGAGCGUGCAGCCCCGGCAGAUCGUGCAGGUUGUCCGCAGCAGCCUGGAGGCACGGGGACUGCGCGUGCAUGGCGUGCGGCUACACGGCUCAGCUGCAAGCCACGUGCUGCACCCCGAUAAUGGCCUGGGCUAUAAGGACCUGGACCUAGUAUUCUGCAUGGACCUGCCCAGCGAGGCAUCCUUCCAGCUGACCAAGGAGGUGGUGCUGGCCUGCCUGUUGGACUUCUUGCCAGCCGGUGUGAGCCGGGCCAAGAUCACGCCACUGACACUGAAGGAGGCGUACGUGCAGAAGCUGGUGAAAGUGUGCACGGACACAGACCGCUGGAGCCUCAUCUCAUUGUCCAACAAGAGUGGCAAAAACAUGGAGCUCAAGUUUGUGGAUUCGGUCAGGCGCCAAUUCGAGUUCAGUGUAGACUCCUUCCAGAUCAUCCUGGACUCCCUGCUGCUCUUUGGCCAGUGCUCAUCCACACCCAUGUCCGAGGCCUUCCACCCAACAGUGACAGGAGAGAGCCUGUACGGGGACUUUGCCGAAGCCAUGGAGCACCUGCGUCACCGAGUCAUCGCCACUCGCAGCCCCGAGGAGAUCCGAGGUGGUGGCCUCCUCAAGUACUGCCACCUCCUGGUACGGGGCUUCCGGCCUCAGCCCAGCACUGAUGUAGGCGCCCUGCAACGCUACAUGUGCUCCCGCUUCUUCAUUGACUUCCCAGACCUGCUAGAACAGCAGCGCACCCUAGAACGCUACCUGGAGGCCCACUUCAGCGGGGCCGACUUGGCCCGCCGCUACGCCUGCCUGGUGAUGCUGCACCGUGUGGUCAAUGAGAGCACCGUGUGCCUGAUGAGCCACGAGCGCCGCCAGACACUGGACCUCAUUGCCACAAUGGCGCUCCAGGCACUGGCUGAGCAAGGCCCGGCUGCUGCGGCAGCCCUGGCCUGGCGCCCUCCAGGCCCCGACGGCGUUGUGCCUGCCACCGUCAAUUACUACGUGACCCCUGUGCAGCCUCUGCUGGCCCGGGCCCACUCCUGCUAUCCCACCUGGCUGCCUUGUAACUGACUCGGACCUUGGCCAGAUGAGAUGGGGCCUUCCUGGAUGGAGUGGGGCCUCCAGGAGUGUGUGGAGGACAUGACCAGAGACAGGCAGCCUGUGCCAGGUGGCCCCGCACAGAUUCUCCCAAGUGAGGCCCCUAUGGGCUUAGGGACAAACUGGGGUUCUUGGCAGAUGGACCCUUUGCUUAUUGCACCACAUUUUAAACCAGCAUGAUUGUUGAGUACAAGAGCUAUUUGUCUUGGGGGGUCAAUUGCCUUCAGGAGACAAAGCAUGUUUGAGGUGAUAGCCUAAAUGUCCAUCUUGGGUUGAUUUCUGUGGCCUAGAAAGAGUCUUUUUGGCUAGGGCCAGCCCACGGUGAUCCCAGCAGCCUCUGAGGGCCUGCAGCCCACACAAUGGCUAAAUAUGAUAUGUUAUGGGAACUAGUCACUUUAGGUCAGGCUGGGCCACUAACCAGGCCUGGUAGUCCAACCUGGCUAAUCACUGGGAGAGGGGAAACUGAGGCAUGAGGCAGAUGCCUGAGUUUGGAGAGGGAUAUGUUUGGCUCAGUCCCCUAAUACUCCUAACCCAAGCUGUCAAGGUUUGUGGUGGGCAGGAGCCAAGUGGCCUGGGGUGGGACACAGCCCGUGACCCUUCUAGGGUGUUGCUCCCUUCCACCAUGUCAUGAGGAGAUCUCCUGCCUGGGAGCUUGUUCUUCAGAGGGCGUGGGGCCUGAAGUGGCCACAGUCAAGUGCUCCCACCCCGCUGGCCUGGUAGCAGGGUCCUCACCUGGAGGAGAACCAUGCCCCACCUCCUGUUACUAUUUUGCACUUUUAACACCUGCCAAUAAAGAUUGUCUACACUGAGCUUAGCACCACGCUUUCUCCUGGGAGAUCGACCUUCCAUGGCUGUGAUGGCUGUAGCUGCCUCUCGCAGCCUGAGUCUGGCUUAUAUUGUGGGAGGGGACAAGGGGUGGGGGUGUCUGAGUCCUGGGCUGUGGCUGGGGGAAUGCCCCUCCUCUCAACACCAGCCCCAGUUUGACAAUUGUGCUAGGAGCUCAUAUCUAAAUGUGUGACUUGCACCUGCCCAUUGCCUUAGCAAGUCUCUUGUUAAAGAAUAAAUAUUUCAGUAUUUCCUA